AUGGCUGAUAUCCUCAUUCUUGCAUCAUUCUCCGCUCUGGCUAGACGCUCUUCGAGAGCUCUCCAGUUCACCAAAGUUUCCCAUGGUCUCUUUGACACCGCUGGCUUCAAUGGCUCGGACGGUACAAAUGGUUUCGACAUCAGCAACGGCUCCGAUGUCUCCAACGACUCCGAUGUCUCCAACGUCUUCAACGACUCCAGUGACUCUAACAGCUCCGAUGUCUCCAACAUCUCCAACGUCUCCAACGUCCACAACGGCUCCGAGGGUUCGAACGACUCCAACGGCUCCGAUGUCUCCAACGUCUCCAACGUCUCUUACGUGUCCAACGACUCCGAUGUCUCCAACGGCUCGAUCAACUCCAACGGCUCUACCGGUAAAACCGGCUCGAACGCCUCCAACAACUCCAACAGCUUCAAGGUCUCCAAGGUCUCCGACGGCUCCAACUUUCCUCUUACUUGA